AUGCGGGUCGAGCGCUCCUGCGCCGAGAAAUUGCAGCAGGGUAUGGCGGCCCUGGAGCUGAACCAUUGGCACCGUGCUCUGGCCCUGCAACUGACAGGCCUCUCUUUAUCGGGCAACAUCCUGAAGUCAAAGUCCGUCGCGCCUGUGUAUGAUGCAAGGACAAUUGCCAAAGCAGCACAGGCCGGCGUGGAUACAGUCAGCCGGGUGUCCGACGCAGCCGACGCGGGCAGGGGGGUUCUGGGGCUGAGAACGGCAUCGUGCUUCUUUUGA